AUGCCCAUCUUUCACGACGACAACGACGACGACAGCCCGCUCCGCUACGACCGCCACCGCUUCCGCCAUGCCCAGGACUUGUUGCGCGACCGGAGGGACCAGGUGUGGUCCGUCGACUACCUGCGGGGGCCUGGGGAUGCCGAGUUAUUCGGUUGGGACGACGGUGGCGACGACCACGACAGGCAGAGCACGCUGGAUCGUGCAGCCCUGAUCGAGCGCCUGAAGCGCAGCCAGAGUCCGCCGGUGCAGCAUCACCAUACCGUCAGUAUACGCCCCGCGCGGCGCGACGAGCCCGGGACGCUGAGCGGGGACGUGCAGUCGACGGCCCCGCGAGAAGACCGCCCUAGGUCCCGCCAGGAGCCCGCUGCGCAUGCGGAGGAGGAGAACAAGCAGAAGGACGAUGGGGAAACGCAGGACAACACGGAGGCUGGCUUGUCGAUCGAGCGGCCGCGGUCAGCGCUGCACUCGGGCGACUUUAGACAGGAACGCGAUGCUGUGACGUACAAUCAUCAAGCAACCCUCUCCACCUCUCCGGUUGCGCCCUGGCACCAUGCCUUUCCUCACGCUGCCCUGCCGCGCCAACAGCCCCAAGGCCCCGUCCAGACAUGUCUCUCGCGCCAGCCCUCGCAGUCGUCGCUCCCCUCGAGCUUCGUGCUGCUCCCGCCGUCGAGCCCACUGGUGCAGCAGACGAACAACACGGACCUCGACUUCCACCGGCCCAGCUCGCGCCAGAGUGGCGACGCCAGCAGGCGUCACACCUUCUCGCCGCAUUCCCUGCAGACCUACCACACGCCAUCCGCCUAUUCCCAGUUCCCGGGCCGGCCGCAGCCGUCGUUGCGCCGCGAGGGCACAUUCCCGUACCAGGCCCACCAGCCGCGCCGCUCGCUGUCGUCGUUUUUCGGCCACCACUCGAACUCGACGCCGCAGUCGCCGCAGCUGCGCCCGCGCGGCCCGUCCAUGACCGGCGGGUCGAGCGAGACGUCGCCGCUGCAGCAUGCGCCCAUGGUCGGCUCCUACGAGGAAUCCAUCUUGCGCGGGCGCAUGUCGACGACGCCGUCGCGCCCGCUCAACUUUAUCGCGCAAAUCGGCGUGCUGGGGAAGGGCGACUGCAAGGCCAAUUUGCGCUGCCCACCGCACGUGACGCUGCCAUUCCCCGCCGUCUUCUACAGCUACAACAGCGGGAACGGCAGGAUCGCUGAUAACCAGCCCAGCCCAUACGUGGGUUUGGUGGAUUUGGAGAACAACCUUAAGCCCGCUGAGGAGCAAGAGGAAAAGCGCCGCCGGAGAAGACACGCUCGCUCUGACAAUCCGGGCGACGGCGCAGAAGAGCAGCACGACCAUCAUUUCCACCAUGAAACCGCCGCCUCCGCCGGCGACGCGCAGCAGCAGCGGACGGCGCACCGCAAGCGCGAGAAGAUGAAGCGGCGCGCCACCUCGCCCAAAUCCCCACCGGGCGGCAGCUACCGCAUUCCGCCCAAGGGCCAGCUGCAAAUCGUCAUCAAGAACCCGAACAAAACGGCCGUCAAGCUGUUCCUCGUGCCCUACGACCUGAGCGACAUGGAGCCGGGGCAGAAAACCUUCAUCCGCCAGCGCAGCUACUCGGCGGGGCCUAUCAUCGACAUGCCCCUCAACAAGCGCACCAACUUCGGCACCGACCGCCCCGAGGCCUCGCUCUCGACGUCCGAGGACCCCAACGACCGCCCGACCCUGCGCUAUUUGAUCCACUUGCACAUCUGCUGCCCGGCGAAGGGCCGUUAUUUCCUGUACAAGAGCAUCCGCGUCGUCUUCGCUAACCGCGUGCCUGACGGCAAGGAAAAGCUCAGGAAUGAGAUUCAGCUGCCUGAUCCCCGAUACAGCGCAUACAAGCCCGCCCGCGAGAACGGCGGCAACGGCCAGGGAAGCAGCAACAACCCGCAGGCGUCGCACAAGCCUCCGUCUAUAUCAGCGUCCGACAGGGCCCUCCGCCGCCGCAGCGCCGGCCUCUCACUCAGCCACGGCCAUAGCCAGACGCACCACCACCACUACGACGCCUUCGACGGCCUGGAUUUCGCCAGCAGCAGCCCGAGCAACGGAGGCUACCACCGUCAUCAUCUCCAGACGUACGCAUCCUCGUUGACGGAGCCUAUCGCGCCUAUCCCGUUCAAGCUGUCGCGCGGCCGCCUCGAGGUCGUCGAGUCCCGCCCGGGUAGCCGGGAUCAGAUGGACGUCGAUGGCGGUGGUGGUGGGGCGGCGUCUUCGUCCGUCCGGACGGGGUCGCUGUCGAGUAGCCAGGGUGGAACCGCGUCUUCGUUUGGUUCCGACCAGACGUGGGAGAAGCGCGCGGCUGGGUCGUUCUCGCCGCCGCCGUCGUAUGCGGGGGCCGGACUGUUGGCGCAAAGGUUGAAAGGGUUGCAGACGAGUGCGGCAAGUCACGAGAAGGAGAAGGGGGAUUGA